CUUGUUUCUUUCUUUUUUUCUUCCCGAAAAAGCAACGAACAUAACGUGAAAGAGAGAGAGAGAGAGCAAUGAACACUUGUCGAAUAGUUCUUCAACGCAGGUUCCUUCCCGUGAGCAACUCCAACAAGGAAAAAUUUGACAGAUUCAUACCGAACAGAGCAGCCAUGGAUUUCGACUAUGCUCACUUGGCUCUUAUGGAAGAAAGAGAAGAAGAAGAAGAAGAGGUCAGUUCAUCCAGAAAAGCUUAUAGAAAGCAAUUGGCUGAGACUAUGGGUCUUAACCGAACUCGAAUCCUCGCAUUCACCAACAAACCACCUUCUUCUACUUCUCUUCACCAUCAGCAUCAGCAUCAGCAUGAGCCUCCUAGACGCAUUCCUCAGCGUCCCGAGAGAACCUUGGAUGCUCCUGGCCUUGUGGAUGACUUCUAUCUCAACGUUCUCGACUGGAGCAGUGCUAAUGUCCUAGCCGUUGCCUUGGCCAACUCUGUUUGUCUCUGGGAUGCUUCCACUGGCUCCGUGACUACGCUUGUCACGUAUGGUGAAGACCAAGGACCUGUCACAAGUCUAAACUGGGCGCAUGAUGGUAUCAACCUUGGAGUUGGGCUCAACAAUGGUCAAGUUCACAUUUGGGACUGUGUAACCAAGACUCUACUGAGAACAUUGCAAGGCUUCCACCACACACGAGUUGGGUCCUUGGCCUGGAACAGUCAUGUAUUGACAACCGGAGGAAUGGACGGACGUAUCUUCAACAACGAUGUGCGGUUCAUGUCAUACCCUGUGUCUACUUACAAGGGUCACACUCAAGAGGUCUGUGGGCUCAAGUGGUCAGCAUCUGGUCAGCAACUAGCUAGCGGCGGAAACGACCGUCUAGUACAUAUAUGGGAUCGUUCUACUUGUACGCAGUGGCUGCACAGGCUCAGGGGGCAUACAUCUGCAGUUAAGGCUCUCGCUUGGUGUCCUUUCCAAAGCGAUUUGCUUGCAUCUGGCGGUGGUGCAGAAGAUAGGAAGAUCAAGUUCUGGAACACUCGCACAGGGGCUUGCUUGAAUUCGCUUGACACUGCUUCCCAAGUCUCUUCUCUCUUGUGGAGCAACAAUCAAAGAGAGCUGCUUUGCUCACAUGGGUCUCAGCUCACACUGUGGAAGUACCCGUCGAUGGUGAAAAUGGCUGAGCUCUCUGGUCAUACGUCAAGAGUUCUAUCUAUGACCCAGAGUCCAGAUGGUUGUACUGUAGUUUCAGCUGCAGGAGACGAGAAUCUGUGCUUUUGGAAUGUUUUUGGACUACCUGACACCACCGCCAAAAAAACUGUUCCAAAAGCAGCUCGUGAGCCGUUUUCUCAUGUGCCUCGUAUUCGUUGAAAACUCAACUACCCGAGGUUCCUUCUCCAGCCACUGUAUUGACUAGAAAAAUGUCCUCAAACUAGUUUUUUUGUAAAAGUAUAUGUUGAAUAGAGAGCUUUUUAUCUUUUGUCAACACCCUUAUUUUACAAUGUUUUGAUACUUAAGAGAUUUGUUCUCUCACUUCCAGUCUCAUCAUUAUUUUAGUGAUCGGGUAGGAUCUUUUAAUUUAUCUCUUAUCAUCUAAAUUUAUUUUGGUAGGUUGACAAUGAAAAGAUAGAGUGCGAGGCUUCUUCUGCAUAUCAGAAGAAACUUUUAAUGAAGAGGGUUGAGGAUUCGCUUGGAAACAUGAAGGUGCUGUUUUGUGCUCUGCGUAUUGUCAUCUCUUUUAAUAGUAUUCAGUUGUUUCUUAGUUAGUUUUCCUUUUACAGUCGCGUGCAGUGCACAACUCAGUGAUGGAGCUUCGGAAUAUAUAUCACAAGCAUCCAUAUCUCAGCCAAACUUCAUACAGACGAGGUAAUAGAAAUUUACAUAAAUGCAAACAACUUCUGGUUAGGGAACUAAGGAAAGUUUUGAUGAAGGGUCUGCGUAAAUCACUCUCUCUCUCUCUGGUCAAUAGCUGAGCAUUAUCUGCCUCCGGUAAUAAGACUGUGUGGGAAGCUUGAGAUCUGUGCCGUGCGAAGAGUUUUAGCGGCCUAAGGCAAGUUUUAAAAAUAAAUUUAUUUACAACCGUAAUGAAAACAAUUUUCUAAUAUGAUCUAUUAUUUUCAUCAAAUACACAAGUUUAAUACUGUAAAAUAAUAAGUUUAUAACGUAAAUAUGUUAUAUUAUGUCAUAUAGAAAAAAAUACAUGAAUUCAAAAAGUGAGUUAAUUAAUUUUCGUAGAAAUUUUUUUUUUAAAUAAGUCUAAACCAUUAUACUAGAAAUUAUUUUAAAUUUUGGGGCUCUAAAGACAGUUAUAUUAGUCGGGGGCCUGAGGCGAAUGCCGUUUUUAAUACACUGUAGGCACGCCUCUGCUUGAGAUGUUGGACCGGCUCUUACCCAUUAUCUUCCUGAGCAUUAUGCUGCGCCAGUGUUGCCUUAAAUGAUAUUAUAUCCCCAAGGAUAAUCAUUGCUUGUAGAAUAUUACCUGUGCAUAUAUAUAUAUAUAUAUAUAUAUAUUGGCUUAAUUUGGUUUCUCACUAUGGUUUCAGGGGUCAAGGUCAAAAAUUUCUGCACCUAUCCCCGCUCGUCUUGUUUGCAAGAGAGGUUUGUUGAGUCUUUUUUUGAACAGUCAAUUGCACCUUUGCUUAUUACUUAAAACUGGCAAAAUUGCAACUGACAGAGGAUGAGUUUGAAAAGAUUUGUCAGACCGAUUCUCCCAAAGGCAAGGAAGAAGGACUGAGCCAAAUGCUACAUCAAAUAUUCUGCGUGCUGAAAAGAGUUUGGCAACUGGUAAAAUUAGAUAACCUGCCUGGAAGCACUAGACAAUUCGUGGAACCUCUACGGAAAUCACAGCAGCCACUACAGAACCUGUAAAACGGGGACGUGGCAGGCCACAAGCAACAGGGGAUGCGAUGCUAGAUCAUCAUCAGUUAUUGGUUCCGAUGUUGUCUUACUUCCCCAGAUUUAUCUGUUCCAAUUGAGGUUAAGGUUGGUGAAUCGUCAGGAUCCAAAAUUACAUCGGUUUGGAAAUAAAAUGCGUCAUAGUCAAUACAGAAGAGAAGAGUAGAUGAUGAUGAUCCAUGAGGCCAAAGCAAAAUGGGGAAUAAGAAGAGAAUAAAGAUAUAAUAAGCUCUCUAAUGAUGGUUUUGAUUGGAACUGAAACGGAUCAUGUACAUAGCAGCAGUCUUGAGAGCUAUGAGAUUAGGUUGAAACAUUAUGUUUUGAAAUAUUACGAACUCUUUGUCUUGUAAUUUUUCCUGAUUUGUUUCAAAAAUAAAGACAGUUUUCCUU